AUGAUCAUAGAAGAAAUCAAGGGUGAUUGUCAAGAAGCUGAUGAAUCUGAUGAAGAAUCAUAUGUUGGAGACCUCACCAUCAGUGAACUGGCUACUGGGUUUACUGAGACAUGCCUAAUGAAUGAGAAACUGUGUGCAAAAGUACGAGAGUAUAGGACCACUAAUAGAUUCUUACUAGAAGAAAGAGUAAGCUUCAUGGAAGAUAUUGCUGAUCUGGAAAGAAAGUUAGAAGACACAAGACCUAACGAACAAGAAACCAGAAAGAUGGGUGCCCAGAAAGAAACUAAGCCAACCAUUUCAGGAGCAUGUGAAGUUGUCACAACAGAUGUCUUGACAUCAAAAUCUGUUGAUGAAUUAAGUGUGAGCGAUGAGUCAAAAAGUUCCUCUAACUGCAAUGCUGUAACAUCAGUUGGCAACACUAUGAAACUUCAGAUCAUCAAAAAUUGUGUGACUACUGAUCUGUCUUUUGCUUUUGGUACUACCAAGACCAUAGAUGAAAAUCACUCUGAAAAAAUGAAGGGUAUUUGCUGUGUCAAGUUCCCUCCUAUUCCUAUCUUCUCACAAAAAACGGCAACCGACUCUAUUGAUCUCAUCAAUACCUUUCUGAAUUUAAACUGCUCCGACGCAUCUCACAACAGUGUUACAAGAAGCUCUUUGAAGAAUCUCGAGAUUUCUCAACAACCAAAUACUUCCUCCCCAAAGAAAGUGUCUCCCAUCUCCGAAUCUGCAACACCUAAUGAGUCAACUAACCCUAAUCGGGUUCUAAAUGUAUCUCCUCUGAGGAUGAUUAACGCUGAAGAUUCAACGACUACAAAGCCAAGAACACCGCAUGCAAGAAGACCUGAGGAGAGUGUUCGUACUAAGGGCUCCAAUCCCUCAUCAUCCAAACCUCGUAAGGAACUUACUAAAGAAGGAACAAGAUAUGUUCAUAACUCCAUAGCCAAGAUUGUCAAACGGAUUUUGGAUGAAAAUCAUCAGGUCCCUGGGAUAUCUGUCCCUUUACAAACCGUGAUUCCUGAUCCUCCCAAGAGAAAACGUAAUGAAACUGAUGGUCACAAUGCUGGUAGUGACAUUCACAUGACCGGAGAGAAGAACAAUGAAGAAGUUCAAGAAGAUGAUGAUAACACCAAUAUCACGGAGGAUGUCAAUGACAUCGGAAAUUAUGAAGCUUAUGAUAGUCCAAGGGUAGAGGCUGGAACAGUCGAAAGGCUCAUGACCAUGAGAAAAGACAAAGUUGUGAUUCAGAACUCUCCUGUGAAAAAAGCUGCGGUUAAAAGCCCUCCUAAAGAUUCUGUCAAGAAGAAGAGUACCUCUGUAGGACCUGUAAAAAGCAGAACUAAAAGUAUUGGAGUUGGUCCCUCAAAAUCUUGGAGCAAGGUUGUUCCAAAGAAAAGGAAGGCAAGAGCUGUUGAAGAAUUUGAGUCUGAUGAUGAAGUGAAUGUCCAUGACAUUCCAUUAAAGAAGAAGCCCACAACUAGCAAGCUUGCUGGGAGUGUUCCUGAAGUUCCCAUUGACAAUGUAUCCUUCCACUUUGCUGCAAGUGCAAACAGGUGGAAAUUUGUGUAUCAAAAGAGACUGGCCCUUGAGAGGGAAUUGGCUCUAAUGCACGUGACUGUAAGGACAUAA